AUUAAUCUCUACGCUUCUCUCUCUGCAAUUACUCCUUGAGAGCAUCUCUCUCUAGAAUAUUGAGUAUUGCUGACUUGAGCGUCGGAGUGUUUUCCCCGAUAAAACAACCUCGGGAUUUUCAGGUGUGGAAGCAGCUAAGGACUUCAACAGUGUUGGACUGCGAAGCUGCCCAAACAUUUGGCGCUGUCUGUGGGAACUCGAACAAGAAGUUGUGUGACUUAACCUGCUGAAAGACAAAAUGGUCCGUACCUUUACAGGAGGCCGCCCUCCAAGAAAUGAAAUGGACGAACAGGAGGACACUCACGUAUCUGAGCCCGGCUUGAAUGACUUUAGGCCAAUGCCAAGAAAUCUUUUUGUAGGGGGAGCCGAACAGGAUCACCUAAGUGAAACAGAUGAUGAUGAAAGAACACCAACGGGGUAUGCAACCCAGCCUGAACAGUUCCAAGUUCCAACAGGAACAAGGUCAAGACCUUCUAGACCGUACAAUUCACAGCGUGAACGACUUGAAAGGUCAACGGAACCUGCUCAGACUACCAAGCUCGAAGAGAGAACCAGAAUCUUGGAAAUGGCAAUGGGUAAAAUCCUUGCCUGCCUGAUUCCGGAUGACCCCCUGAUUCCUCUGUUAAACAAGGAUGCACAACUAGCUACAGUGGUUGCAACUCGAAACUCCCCUGCUCUAAGUAACGUAGUGGUGCCGACCAGGCCAAGGGGAAGUGGGAAGUUGAAUAACGAACUCAGCUCGUCCAAACAUAGUGAAGAAUUGAUGAGAAAAAACGCAGACCUUGAAAGGCAGCUGCGGGACGUACAGAAGUCCAUCGACGAGCUGAAAAGUCCUAGGUCGCACCAACAAACCCUUGAUUUGGAUAGUGCUCCAUUGAACUUAUCCAUCACAGCAGAACCAUAUCAAGAGGGAUUCAAGAUUCCCCACCUAGAGACAUAUGAUGGCUCGGGUGACCCAGAUGAACAUCUGCAUACCUAUCAAGCCAUCAUGAGGAUUCAAAAUGCCAAUGAUGCCAUGAUGUGCAAAGUGUUCCCAGCGACACUGAAAUCAACAGCCAAAAGAUGGUAUCACAAACUCCCCAGACAUUCUAUAGACUCAUACUCUCAGCUCGCCAAGCUAUUCUCCAACAAAUUUGCGAGCCAGAGAGAGAUCAAACGCACAGCCACCGAGCUGAUGCAAGUUAAUCAAAGGGAAGGGGAAUCUCUGAGAGACUACAUGCAGCGAUUCAACAAAGCCACCCUGGACAUUGACAACGUCCCAGACACCAUCUGUCUGUCUGCAUUGUUGCAUGGGUUGAAGCAUGGUCGGUUUCUAGACGACCUGCUAGAGAACCCACCCAGGACUUGGAAUGAAGAACAGCCACUGAGAAGGGAAGAAAAGAAGAAACAGAAAGUCGACGAGCAGUGGGGGAAGCCCGUUGACUUCCCAAAGUAUGCCAACUACAUUCCUUUAACCCUGCCAAGGUCUCAAAUCUUUGCGCAAAUCCAGCACUGGGUUAGGAGACCCCUACCUCCAUUGCAUGAUUCCCCAAGAGCAGAUAAGAUCAAACAUUGCGACUACCAUCGUGUGUAUGGCCACAAUACCGAAGACUGCCAACACUUGAAGGACGAGCUGGAGUUUCUGGCUCGCAAUGGAAGGCUAGAAGAAUAUGGUCAGAAGCCCCACGCCCAGCAACCCACUCAAACUCAUUUUGUACAGGGUUAUGACCGACCUCAAAGGCAGAGGUACCAGCUCGGCGAGGCGCAGAAUGUAUAUCAGGAUAGCCAGUAUCCUCCUUAUCAAGGGAGAGCAUACAGAGGGCGUCCGUUCAACAGGAGAGGACAGGUACAGAGAGCUGCUGCCCAGAACCAAAAAGAUAAGAAGGGGGUAGGCUAUGCUGGGAUACCCCCGCCCUCGGGUACAAUAAACAUGAUAUCAGGUGGUGUUCACUCUGGGGGCCAAAGCGCCCGAGCUCGCAAGGCAUACGCCCGACAGGUGAUGACUGUCAACAAAAAUAGAUCCUUGAAGCAGCCAUUUGAGGAAGCAGAAUGGGAGAAUACACCUAUCACAUUCAGCCCGGCAGAUUACAAGCGAGCAGAAGGAGAGCCUGACAUUAUGAUGCCCCAUGCCGAUCCCUUUGUGGCAACAGUUCAUAUAGGCAAUCAUAAUGUCAAUAAGGUGUUUAUUGACACUGGCAGUUCGCCAGAUAUCCUGUACUGGAGUUGCUUCCAGAAGAUGCAGCUAAAUCCGAGCUCGCUGCAGAAGCACGAAGGGCCAAUAUACGGGUUUGAUAACCAACCCGUCCCAGUCGAGGGAGUUAUCACUCUUCCUAUAUAUGUGGGCUCAGAACCACGCUUCAGGAUGGCUUCCGUCACCUUCCUGGUCGUUAAGAUGGAAUCAGCUUUCAAUGCUAUAUUAGGAAGAGCCACCCUGUGCGAGCUGAAGGCUGUCAUCUCGCAACCCCAUCUCUGCAUGAAAUUCCCAACUCCUCAGGGGGACGUAUUUGCGUGGACUACGAAUGAAAUGCCUGGCAUCCCAGCAAAAUUGACAGUCCACAAGCUUAGCACAGACCCCACCAGAAGGCCGGUGGUGCAAAAACGCCGCCUUUUUGGCCCCGAGAAGCAAGCUGCCAUAGAUGAAGAGAUACAAAAGUUGUUACAGGCAGGCUUCAUCAGAAGAGUGGAAUACUCUGAAUGGGUGUCAAACCCUGUGCUCGUCAAAAAGCCAAACGGCAAGUGGAGGAUGUGUAUUGAUUUCACCAACCUCAAUGACGCAUGUCCAAAAGACCCUCAUCCGUUGCCAAAUGUCGAGAAGUUGGUAGAACGGGCAGCUAGGCAUGAGCGGAUGAGUUUCCUAGACGCCAGCUCGGGUUACCACCAGAAGCUGGUGCAAAUCAUCUUCAAGCUCCAGAUCGGCAGGAACAUAGAAGUGUAUGUAGACGACAUGAUAGUCACUAGCGUGCGAGCUGAGGAUCACAUUGACGACCUGGAUGAAACUUUUCAAAACUUGCGUCGAGCUCAAAUGAAGCUGAAUCCCUUGAAAUGCACGUUUGCUGUGGAAUCAGGGAAAUUCCUAGGGUACGUGGUAUCCAAGAAGGGAAUCGAAGUAAAUCCAGAAAAGGUUUAUAGCCAGGUCGACAGAAAGGUCCUUCCAUUCUUCAAAGCUCUACGGGAGCCUAAAAACUUUCAGUGGAAUGGUGAAUGUCAACAGGCGUUUGACGAGCUCAAACAAUAUUUGGCGUCCGCACCCCUGCUGUCCAAGCCUGUUGAUGGGGAAUGUUUAUAUCUUUAUCUGGGGGUCACAAAAGAAGCGGUGAGUUCAGUGCUACUGCGGGAAGAGAAUAAGAAUCAGAAGCCUAUCUGCUACGUGAGCAAGGUGUUACAAGGUGCCGAACAGAACUACCCAAUAGCAGAAAAGGCUGCCUUUGCUUUGGUUUACACAGCUCGUAAGCUGAGAGCCUAUUUUCAGUCUCAUCAGAUUAUUGUUUAUACUGGUUUCCCGUUAAGGAAAAUAUUGCAGAAGCCGGAACUCUCUGGUCGGCUCAUCGGAUGGAGUGUCGAGCUGAGUGAAUAUGACCUCAAAUUUCAACCGCGCACAACUAUAAAGGGCCAAGCUGUGGCAGACUUCUUGGUUGAAUGUGCCCCGGCGGCUGUGAAAGAAAAGGCACCUGAACACCCGUGUUGGGUUUUGUAUGUAGAUGGAGCUGCUAAUAUCGAAGGAUCGGGUGCCGGAGCUGUGUUACUGGGCCCUGAUGGUUUUAAAUCCGAGCAUGCCCUGAGGUUUCAGUUCCAAACAACCAAUAAUGCUGCAGAGUAUGAAGCCCUCAUUUAUGGAUCGAAGCUGGCAUCCGAGCUGAAGGUACAGAACAUUCAAGUCUUCAGUGACUCUCAGCUCGUGGUAGGCCAGGUAAGAGGCAGCUGUGAAAUCAGGGAUCCUCAGCUUGGUCGUUAUGCUUCUGUGGUCAACAAAUUGAAGUCAGGAUUUGUCUCCUUCCAGAUCAACAAAAUACCAAGAGCAGACAACCACCAAGCUGACGAGCUCUACACUGAUUUCACAGUCGAGUGUCAACUGCUAAGCACAGAUCUCUCUACACCGAGCUGGACCAUCCCACUCAUAAAUUAUAUACAAAGUGGCGAGCUACAUGAAGACCAGUCCGCUGCAAAAUUGAUUAAACGCAGGGCGGCAAAUUUUACCUUGUUAGAUAACCAGCUCUACAAGCGAGCAGCCUCGAUGCCCCUAUUACGUUGCCUUACUCCUUAUGAAACUGAAUACGCCAUGAGAGAAGUUCACGAUGGAGUAUGUGGCACGCACAUUGGUGGCAGAACUUUAGCUAGGAAACUCCUGAGGCAUGGUUAUUAUUGGCCCACUAUGAUCGUGGACGUCACAACGGUCACCUUUGGGGAACAAAAAGAAGGAGUGGAGGAAGAUGGUGAGAGCCUUUCUGCUGAUUUCCGGCCUCAAAUCACGCUGGGGUGGGAACGUGAUGCAGAGGGGCGCACUAUUUUUCCUCCAACCUCUAAUGCUGAGUUGGUGGCCGUGGAGGGAGAAAAAGAAGAAGAAGAAGAGGAGCAAGUCUCCUCCGACGAAGUGCAGCAGUUAGCUUCGCUCGAAGAAAAAGUGCCGCCUCCGCCUGCUGAGGACGAGCCCAGAUCGCCACCUCUUCUGCCUAAGGAGCAGCCUCCUCCUCCAGUAGUUUAGGAUUCUUGUAAUGAAUAUUUUUGUAAUUGACUUUUAUUAAUUGAUGAAAAUUUUUUUUGAAGUUAUUUGUGACUUGCAUGUUUUGAUGUCUGUUUGUUGUGUCUGUUUUAAGUAAAUCACUUCGGAUGAAAUAAAGUGACUUUAAUUGA